AUGGUUAGUGGUGUCUCACAUAAGAGACCAACGACAUCCAACAGAAGACGUGCUAGGCAAGUAGAACCUGAAACAUUGGAAGUGAAUGUCCCUGGAGAGGAGGAUGACCAUGUGGAUGUGAAUAAUGAUUAUGCUAACGAUGAUGUUGGUGUGAAGGAUGAUGAUGCCGAUAAUGAUGUUGAUAUAGAGGCUGACCUCAUGGAGGACAAUGUUGGUGUGGAUGAUGACAACAAAGAACCAGUUCCGGGUACUACAGAGGAGCCUUCGUUGCUAAUUAGCUUCCGUAACCAUGUUGUUGCCACUGAACGGGGACCUCUUAAAUGUUUGAAUCAUUCUCAAAAGCUUGUUGAGUGGCCAUGGAUGUCACCAACACUCAAAAAUGCUAGGUGGAGACAUUUGGUUGAGCAAUCUGGUCUUAGUGUCCUUGUUGAUCACACAUAUCGGCAUGGCAAUAGAGUGACAAUAUCUGCCUUUGUCGAAAGGUGGCAUCCAGAGACAAAUACAUUUCACAUGCCAGAUGGUGAGAUGACUGUCACAUUGGAUGAUGUGCAAACCAUACUUGGCAUUCCAGUCACUGGCUGGGCUUUGUCAUGUCCUAAGUUAACAAGAUACAAGGCUGCUGAUUAUUGA